AUGACCGAGAGGCGCGACAGCCAGUUCCAGUCGAACGCUCUCUUCACCUGUACGGGCAAAAUCGCCGGCUUACUGGAUCACCAGAUCAUGAAACAUGCCCCGGCUUUCGACCAAGACUAUAUCUUCAUCGUCGUCCCCGACACGUGGACUUUCCACGACAAGGCCAUGUCCGACCAGGCUUCUGCAACACAACUACUGCCGACGACACCCAAGAGCGCGGUCGGCAAUCCCUCGGACUAUAGCGUUGCGUUGGCCAGGUUUACCUCUACGAAGAAACCCAAGGCCGCCCAAAGCCCCGCCUCCCCCACGCCGCAUGCUUCUGGCCCAGUCGAUCCUUAUGCUGGCAUCAAGUCGGUCAAUGCCCGAUCCCUACCAAACCCCAACCAAGAGACCGCGACUUUCUCCCGAAACUUCCACCAUAAUCACCGACUGUGA